UUUUUACAGGACAAGAGCCAUUCUGCACCAGAGAACUCAGACAAGAAACUGUGACAAAAUGGGUUGAAUAUAUUUCACCUUAUUCGUGUAGUAGGCACCCAAAAUGCUACUCCUUACACUUUGGAGGCGAGAAAACGGUUUUGGAAGACGGAAAGACGACGGCGGACGUAGUAUUCCUGUACUGACGAUAGGAAACGUCCGAAGGUGAUCGGUACAUAGCGAGGAUUUCGAAAUUGGUGUGACUGCCAUGUGCGCGCGCCACUUCAAGCUUCAAAGCUUCACUGAGCCACUGACGCUCCUUUUCAUUUUGAUCUCUGCAUUCUUCUGCGCGUGUCGUCGGCAUUCAAAUGCUACGCGACCUUAUGUGCUCGAAUCUAAAAAGAGAUUUUGGAAAAUGGAUGGGUUUGCGGAAUCAGAAGACACUGUCGCCGAUCUGUCUUCAUUUUUGGUGGGAAAUAUUAUGCACCGCCUGAGGAGGGUCAUUGCUAACUGCCAUAGAGGAUGGAACCAGUCGAAAUCACGCGGACGACGAAACAUACUGACAGCCGGAACAGAAUCAUACUUCAGUUCUGACACUGUCAAGAACAAGUGCCUCCUGACGCACCUGAAAUUGAUUGGACCUCAAGAUCCGCGCCGUAUGCGCUAUUCAACGGAAUCUAUCAGUUGGGAAAGGAUUGGUACGGAACACGCGUGUCUGCAUCACCAGUCUUCAUCGCAGGUUCAUGGAAUUGCAGAAGAGGAGGAAGAGACAACGGUAAACAUAGUAUACAGACGUCAAUUAUUAUGAAUGGAGGCAUAAGGUUACCGUCCGAAGGGUUUAGAACUCUUGGUGGUUUGUAAAUACA